AUGGCCACACACACCCAAGUCGUUCUUCUCGAAAUCCAAGAACACUUGCUUCAAAAGGUGCAAUCUCUGAUCCAAUCCCAAGGUGACAAAGCAAGCUACCUGGUCUGCGAUAUCACGAACGAGCGACAAAUUCGUGAAAGUGUGGGCUCCAUCAUUCGUCAAUUCGAAAAGAUAGACAUCCUUGCCAAAAUUACUAGAAUCUAUCCAUUCGAUCUUCUUAACGACAUGACGACCGAAUUCUAUCGCCGCCUUUUAUCUCACUCGUGCCGUCCUUCCUCAUAUGCGGAGAUCUGGAUGUGGACGUAUCAUCCAUAUAUCGUCCUCACGGUCCAAGAGCCAGAACCAGGUCUCGCUGUAUAUUCUUCAUCAAAGGCGGCUAUUAUAGGCUUGGUGCGCGGUACUUCCAUUGAAGCAGGGCCGGUGUGA